AUGCUCGAUCGUCUCAACUCUGUCUUUUCACCGGUUCAAGUGUGGAGUUGGGUUAAGAGCGGGGUAGACGGCAGUGCGUCUACUUUCACUAUACCUGACCGCAGUCACCGUCCCUGCUCUCGGGCAAAUGGUGGACAUCACCGGUUGCGGUGGUCGAACUUACACACCAGCUGUAUCACUGGAAAGAGACUUCCUAUUCCCGUACCCCUCCUUCAAUUCGAAAUCAAAAUGUCGCGAAUCAAGUCCUCGGAUCGGCACGGAAAAACGCCUCUACAAGCAGCUACUGCCAACGGUUCAGUCAGUCUCGUCCAUCUUCUCCUUCAACAUGGCGCGGAAGUGGACCGGGCCGAUAACUACGGUACCACAGCUUUGCAUAUCGCCAGCAAACUCCAAAAUGAGGAGCUUAUUUACCUUCUCAUGAAUUUCGGUGCUUCUGUGUAUGCCAAACAGGAACGCGGUCGAACACCCUAUGAGAUGUACGUGAGCAGUGGUCUCGGCUACCUCCUCUCCCCCUCACCUGUCUACAAUCUCUCGCCACCACUGAGUAACGGUUCCGCUUCGCCCUCCUCCUCGCCACAACUCUGCACUAGCCCCAACGUGAUGGCGCGUCUACGCUCCAACUCCGCAUCACGCAGUCUCUCCCGAUGUAACAACCUUCUCUUCCGCUACAACCGCCAACUCUCGGGAUCUCAUCGAUUGCGUGAGGUCUGUCCAAACGCCGGCUCUGGCCUCCCC